GCGCGGCGGAGGCCACACGUAUCGAUAAACGCAAAUGAUACAAAUACACUAUAAAUAUUUACAUAUAUUUAAUCUCAUAGGCAUAUCUUUAAUACAUGUGCGUCUGUGCGCGAUAAAUAGUUUCUAUAAUAAAACCAACGGCCUUGUUUCUCUUAAAUCGAAGAUGGUUAAAAAUAGUACACUUAUUUUUGGCGCGAAAUAGUUUUAAGAAGAAAUGAAAAUGUAAAUUGGAAACAGUGAAGUGGUUCAAAAAGGAGAAAAUACUCUAAAAGGAACUGAAGCUGAGAGAAAAUCUUGGAAGUAAUAAGAUUUUACAGUGAUGUUUUGAAGCUAUUGAAAGAUGAACAGGAAUCGUGGCAGUCGUCCAAAAUAAGCAGAUUCAGAUUUGGAUUGAAUACUAAAGGAAAUGUUUUGACUAACAAGCAAUUUGGGAGAAAAGUAACUAUAUACUCAUCUGUUAUUCAUUACUAAAAUUAAAACAGACAGUUGUUUUGACAGAAUCUACUGAUUAAAAACAGUGACGCUGUAAUACAAAAAAACACCUACUUAAACAUAUAUUAAAGUACUCAAACAGUCAUAACAUUGAAAUCAUAGCUGAGCAACAAAAUCGGCCCUAAAACACGACCUUGAGACACAUUGCCAUGGCUUCUAUUGAGGCGCCGACUUCUUCCGAAACGCCUGACGACACCCCAACUCCUUCCCCGGGCCCUGAAGCCGUAACAAAGUUCAACUUUCUAAAGAAGAUCCAUAAUGCUAGAAACAAUCCAUUUGUGAAACCUAGACCGUCGCUAACCAGAGAGAGUUCCAGUGCGGAACUGUUUUCAAGAGAGAAUUCGAGUCCGGAUUUCUUUCAAAGUUCCCGUCUGAAUCUUUUCGAGACUGCAGCGCCAAAGCCUGAAGUUUCGGCUCAAGGAUAUGUUAAGGGCAUAUCAUUCCUAGGAUGGCACCAGCGCUCGAAGCUGGAGCGAAUCUUGCUGGUGCUGAGCGCUGUGCUGUUUGCCGCCGUGCUGCUGGUGACCAUCCUGCUGGCGAUGAGAGGACCAUCAUACCUGCCCGUGCCGCCUUGCUACCAGCCUGAACCUAGAGAAGACUCAGUCUGCCUAUCAAGCUCCUGUAUCUACACAGCGAGUGAGGUGAUCAGAGCGUUGGAUGAGACCCAGAACCCUUGCGAUGACUUCUACGAGUUCGCAUGUGGAGGGUGGAUCAGAAACAACCCAAUACCCGAGGGGAAAUCCAGCUGGGGCAUCUUCAGCAAGAUCGAACUGCAGAAUCAACUCAUUAUUAGAUAUGCUCUUGAAAAAGUAAACAUCACUAAUCCACCAAGCGCAGAAGCCAAGGCACGUAUUUACUACGACGCAUGCAUUGACACCAAUGAGACGAUUGAGAAGCAAGGAGAGAAGCCCCUUGUGAAGAUUAUCAGGGAGCUGGGCGGGUGGCACCUUCUGAAUACCACCAUCAUCAGCUCCACCUUGAAACCACCGAAGUGGAACCUUCAGCGGUUACUACAGGAUGUUCAGAAUAAGUACAAUUUGGGAGGGCUUUUCAACUGGGCUGUUACGGAAGAUGAUCGGAAUUCCUCAAAGCACGUCAUAGUGCUGGACCAAGGCGGAUUGAACCUACCAACUCGAGACUACUACCUCAACAAGACAGCUCACAAGAAAGUUCUAGAAGCCUACCUAGACUACAUGACCAGAAUCUGUGUUCUACUCGGAGCUAAUAAAUCCGAAGCGAGGGCUCAGAUGGCUAAAGUCAUACAAUUUGAAACUGACUUAGCCAAUAUUACAACUCCCUUGGAAGACAGAAGGGAUGAAGAGGGGCUCUAUAACCCAUACACCAUCAGAGAAUGGCAGAAGAUCGCGCCAUUUCUGAAUUGGACUUUGUUCUUUAAUGAUGCAUUCACGCUUGUUAACAGAAGUAUAACAGAUGACGAAAGAAUCGUCGUAUACGCACCAGACUACUUCAGGAAUCUGACCAAGGUAUUAAAAAAAUACAGCAAGAACGAAGACGAUCAGAAAAUCCUGACCAGCUACAUGAUGUGGCAGGUUUCUCGCUCGCUGUCCACCUAUCUGUCUAAGUCGUUCCGUGACGCCACGAAGAUCCUGCGCAAGGCCCUCUUUGGAUCUGAAGGCACUGAGGAGUCCUGGCGUUAUUGUGUUACUGACACCAAUAAUGCUAUUGGGUUUGCAGUCGGCGCAAUGUUCGUCCGAGAAGUUUUCCAUGGGGAAGCGAAGACGCAGGGAGAGAUUAUGAUAGACAACAUACGGAAUGCCUUCAAGAGGAACCUGAGAAAUUUGGACUGGAUGGACGAGGAGACGAGGGGUGCUGCCGAAAUCAAGGCUGAUGCCAUAACUGAUAUGAUUGGAUUCCCAGACUACAUCCUGGACAAGUCGGAACUGGACAAGCAAUACGAGGAGUUGGAGGUGAAACCGAACGAAUACUUCGAGAACAACAUCAACUUCAAUAAGUACAGCCUCAGGAAUGAUCUGAAGAAGCUCGAUCAACCCGUCAAUAAGACUAAAUGGGGUAUGACCCCAUCAACGGUAAAUGCCUACUACACCCCCACUAAGAACCAAAUUGUCUUCCCGGCUGGUAUACUGCAACUGCCCUUCUAUGAUGGUGACAACCCUAAGAGCGUCAACUAUGGAGCCAUGGGGGUUGUCAUGGGGCAUGAACUCACUCACGCUUUUGAUGACCAGGGAAGAGAAUAUGACAGAUUCGGCAACCUAAACCAAUGGUGGAACAACGCAACGAUCCGUCGAUUCAAAACACGCGCUGAAUGUAUACAGAAACAGUACUCUACGUAUUCUGAGGAGGGACAACAUUUGAAUGGCAAGCAGACACUAGGUGAAAACAUAGCCGACAAUGGUGGCCUGAAGGCAUCGUUCCACGCUUACUUAGACUACAGCAAGACCGCACACAUGAACUAUACACUCCCAGGCCUCAAGUACAACCAUAGGCAGUUAUUCUUCAUAUCUUUUGCACAGGUAUGGUGCCAAGCGAUGACAAAAGAAUCAACGAAGAUGCAAAUUGAAAAGGAUGACCACACUAUCGCCAAGUACCGGGUAAUCGGACCUAUAUCUAAUUUGAAGGAGUUUUCUGAAGAAUUUGGCUGCCGUUUAGGCAGCAAAAUGAAUCCUAACCAUAAGUGUGAAGUAUGGUAGAUAUUUAAGCGUCACUGAAGAGCUAUUGACAAACGCUGCGCGUUUUGGAACCUGAAGGAACACGCGUGUUAAAACAGAAUCAAAUCAUAAAGACUCUGUUUUUGAAAAUGCACUAAAUGUCACAAAGUUGCUACGAUCAUGAAUGGGCAUGUUUAAUUCAUAAAAAAUAUUUUAUUUUUUAAUUUUACGAAUUAAAACAAUAAAGAGGAUCGAACCUUUUUUGUAUCUUUACAAAAGUCGUAAGUAGAAUUGAACAAAAUA